AAAUUGUACUAUUUUUAAUAAAUGAUCUAUAAAAUAUAUCAAAUAUGGAUAUUGUAAAGGAAGUGUUAGAAAAACAACAACGUGAUUUGGAAAAGUACAAACCAAUCACCGUAGAUAAACAUUUGGAGGUACGAUUGGAUGUCGGUUCUUUGCUCUGCACUGAUCCAAACGAUUUGGAAGACAGUCAACUUAAAAAUAACCGGGAACAAUAUUUGCUUGAUCUUACCCGUGAUAACACUCAGUUGCUGAUUAAUUCGAUUUGGGAGCUACCUACAGAGCGUAUAGACGAAUGUAUUGUGGCGAAGUUACCGGAACCAACUACUGUUUUGCCGCGACUACGGAAAGUACCCGGCCCGAAACCUCUUACUAAAUGGGAGAAAUUCGCGAAAGAAAAGGGCAUUAAGAAGAAGAAGAAGGAUAAAAAAGUGUACGAUACAACACUCGAUAAAUGGGUACCCACAUAUGGUUUCAAACGAGCGGAUGCUGAAAAAGAAAAGGAAUGGGUAUUGGAAGUGCCUAAAAAUGUCGAUCCAAAUGAAGAUAUGUUCCAGAAGAAAAUUGAUUUGCGUAAUGAAAAGGUUGCUAAGAAUGAAAUACAGCGCAUGAAAAAUAUUGUACGAGCGAAAAAAGUCGAAGUACCACGAGGUGGGUACUUCGGACCAGAAGUCGCUUCAUCUGGACAGUUGCUCACUGCAGUAACUGUUGCUAAAUCCUCAACAGCAUCUGUGGGGAAAUUCCAAGAUAAAUUACCCAAGGAAAAACAAGCUCGUGGUAUUGGUGUAAAAGAAUUGAUACCAGGCGCGAAGCGCAAAUCGUCACAUAUCAGCGCCCAGCCCGAGAAAGAGGUUAACCUUGAUUUAAUAAAGAGUGUAUUAAACAAGAAACCAAAAUUCGAUAUUGAGAAAGCGAUAUCCAUUCAAAAGAACGAGGACAAGCUUCAGAGAGAGACCAACCCUGCUGAGAAAGGUAAAAAGGGAAAGAAAGGAAAAGGUGGCAAGAGCGGUAAGGGCGGUAAGAAGCCAAAAGGUGGACGUGGCCAGCGUGCACCUGGGAAGAAAACAGCUGUGGGCAGGAAGAGGCGAUAAAUAUUUUUGUACAUACAUAUAUUUAAGUAGAUAUACAUAGUUUAAUAAAACAAAUAAUAAAUUUCAA